GUCAACUAAGUUUCUUCACUCUCCACUUCAUAAUAUCAACUUCAUUCUAAACAAUUAGAAAGAACAAAUUAUACAUGUCUCCACAAACAUAACAAUAUUAGUUGUUUAAGGAAGAUAUAUUAUUUAGAAUAUUAAAUAUACCGGGAAAGUAAUUAUAUGUGUGUGUGCGGGUACCCAUAGGGCGGGUUUACCUAAACCCAAACCCAACCCGACCUGGUAAAUAGUGUAGCGGGUUUAAACCCAAACCCGACCCAAAACCCGUCAACAUGGGUUUUACUCGCAUUGACCGGAUUAGGUCGAGUGGGUACUCGUGAGUUCGAGUUUUGUUGCCAAUCCUAGUUACAUCAGUGUCCUGCUGCUAACAGACAACGGCUACUUGCUUGCUUGGUCCCAAAGUUGUCGUGCACAAAUUGUGGUGUGAUAGCUCACUCCAAAUUCGCCUUGGAAGCCCGGCCAAGGGAAAUCCGACAAAACCAGACAGAGCCCGCCAUCGCAUGAUCGCAUCUCAUCCCACUAUAUAUGUCACUGCAGUUGCUGUCAUGUGAUCGAAUGAGGUCAUUCCAUACGGCACAACAGCCAUUCACACACUAUAAAGUUGGAAGCUCCCUUUCCUCCAAACAAAACCAAACCACAGCAAAAGCAUCAAUGGCGGCCAACAACGAACAAGCAUCAACACCUUGUUCCUCCCAGCCUCACUGCCUCGUCAUACCUUUUCCAGCACAAGGCCACAUCAACCCGAUGCUCCAAUUCUCCAAACGCCUCAUCCCACGUGGCGUCCGAGUCACCCUCGUCAACACCCGCUUCAUCUCCAAAACCGUCGCCAACUCCUCCUCCGCCGCCGCCUCCUGCUCCACCACCAUCCACCUCGCCACCAUCUCCGACGGCUUCGACGAAGGCGGACGCGCUGCCGCAGAGUCCAGCGACGCCUACCUCUCCAGCUUCCAGAGGGCCGGCUCCCAAACUCUCACCCAGCUCAUCACCGACCUCAGCAAAACAGAGUGCCCUGCCACCUGCAUAAUUUACGAUUCUUUCAUUCCGUGGUGCCUCGACGUCGCGAAACGGUUCGGGCUGACGGCGGCGGCGUUCUUCACUCAGUCUUGCGCCGUCGGCAGCAUUUACUACCAUUGCUACAAGGGUUGGCUGAAGCCGCCGAUUCUGGAGGCGCAAACGAUGAUUCCUGGGCUGCCUCCCCUGGCGCCUAAAGACAUGCCUUCAUUCAUAUACGAAUAUGGAUCUUACCCGGCGGCUUUCGACAUGCUCUUGGCGCAGUUCGACAACAUUGAUAAGGCCGAUUGGGUGCUCUGCAACACGAUCUAUGAGCUGGAGCAAGAGGCAGCAGAUUGGUUGUCAAAACUUUGGUCCAUGAAAACAAUUGGCCCAACAAUCCCAUCCAUGUACUUGGACCAGCAAUUGCCAGAGGACAAAGACUAUGGGUUCAGCAUCUUCAAGCCCGACAGCAAACAAUGCAUGGAUUGGCUUGAAAACAAGCCCACGGGUUCGGUUAUUUACGUCUCAUUUGGUAGCAUGGCAAGUCUAGGCCUUAAGCAAAUGGAAGAACUUUUCAAUGCAUUGAAGAACAACAAUCACUACUUUUUGUGGGUCGUUAGGGCAUCUGAGGAGUCCAAACUCCCUGUGAAUUUUGACCCGUCCGAGAAGGGUCUGGUCGUGUCUUGGUGCCCGCAACUCGAGGUGCUAGAUCACGAUGCUGUGGGCUGCUUCGUAACACACUGCGGGUGGAACUCGACACUGGAGGCGCUGAGUUUGGGGGUGCCUAUGGUGGCAAUGCCUCAGUGGACAGACCAAGGGACGAAUGCUAAGUGCAUAGAGGAUGUUUGGAAGAUGGGAUUGAGGGCCGAGGCAGACAAAGAUGGGAUUGUGAAGAGGGAAGUACUGGAGAAGUGUUUGAAGGAAGUGAUGGAAGGGAAGAAAGGAGAAGAGAUGAAGAGGAAUGCAGGACAAUGGAAGAGAGUGAUGAAGGAAGCUGCGAGUGAAGGUGGGAGUUCCGAUAGGAAUAUUAAUGAGUUUGUUGAUUCCUUAAUUCACAAGAAAAUGUGAGUUUUAGCACUUUUACUGGGGAGAGUCUAUGCAUCACUAUCUUUAAGUGGCUGGUGUAUGCAAAAUUGUGAUAGUUUUUGUAUUUUCACUUUCAAUUUGAAUCGUGUUCAAAAUGCAUUAAAAUACUGAAAAUAAAAUUAAGAAGUUAUGUUUUCAUAACUUUUUUUUAUUUCUUCCUACAUCUGUAAUGAUAAUCUUUUAGUAUACAACGAUGUAUGAAAUGGAAUGAAGCACGUUGUAAAGU